AUGAGCAAUUUAGACUAUAAUGUGGAGUCUGAGGAAUGUACAUUUGAAGCAGGCUGCAGGACGCAUGAACCCAGCCCAAUAUACAACAGUGAGCCCAUUGUGGAGGAGCCGGCGGAUCAACAGGUGGCCAUUCCGCCUUCGCUGGAGUCGACGCACGAGCCCGAUACAGCGCCGUCAGCCCAUAAUGCUGCAUCAGUCCAAGAUACCUCGCAAGCCCAUGAUAACGAAACUGACACAGAGUUAAAUAUUGAAAGUUCUGCCAGCCCAGAUAGAACGGCUCGCCCCGACAGAAUCAAAAAUCCACCAGCUCGCUUCAAAGAUUACAACGUCACACUGCCCCCAUCCGUCAAUCACUCACAAAUGCAUGAAGCCGAUCAAAUGCGGCUUGACGCUCACAGGAAAACACGAAAAAGGAUGGCUGUUGUAGCAAUAUCAUCUCUUAUUCUUGUUAUUGUCGUGGUUUCAGCUGUUGUUGGAACUACACAGAGCAAAAACCACAGCCAAAUGGAUGGUGAUUCACAAUCUCCAUCAGCCAUGGUUUCCAUUAAAGCCGUUUGUGACAGUACAUUGUACCCUGAUACCUGUUACAGCUCUCUAGCUCCUCUUGUGAAUUCCACCAAUAUCCAUCCUGAUCAGUUACUCAAACUCUCUUUUCUAGUCGCCAUAGAAGAGCUAUCCAAAGCAUCCACACUUCCGGAGCUCAAGAACUGCAGCGAACUAUUGGAGCUUGCUAUUGAUCAUCUCAACGAUACAUUGUCGACUGAUAUUGAUUUGAAGUCAAUAGGAUCUCUGUUAGAUGAUCUAAUGACGUGGCUAAGUGCUGCUGGAACAUAUCAGCAAACAUGCAUAGACAGUAUUCAAGAAAAUGGUGUAGGCUACCUUAAAAAAUCCACGGAGUUAACCAGCAACAGCCUUGCGAUCACCAAGGGGUUUUCAAACGCCGCAAGUUCGUUCAACCAAAGAAGAAGAUUGAUGAGCAUUGCAGAAGGAAGCGAUGAAAUGCCAGAAUGGUUGUCUGUAAAAGACAGAAAACUCCUACAGAAGACAAAUUUACCGGCUGGCAUGAAGGCCGAUGUGGUGGUGGCUCAAGACGGCACCGGAAAGUAUAAGAAAAUUUCUGACGCUCUCAUGGCAGUUCCUGAUAAGAGCAAGAAAAGAUUCGUGAUAUACGUGAAGAAGGGCGUUUACUUUGAGAAUGUUAGGAUCGAAAAACCUAAAUGGAAUGUCAUGAUGAUCGGUGAUGGUAAGGAUUCUACGAUUGUGUCAGGAAGAUUAAACGUUGUGGAUGGCACUCCAACAUUUCAGUCGGCAACUUUUGCUGUGUUUGGUAAGGGGUUUAUAGCUCGCGAUAUGGGGUUCCGUAACACUGCUGGAGCAGCCAAGCACCAGGCAGUAGCACUUAUGUCAACCGCAGACCUGUCAGUAUUCUACCGAUGUCGCAUUGACGCAUUCCAGGAUUCUCUAUAUGCACAUUCCAACCGACAAUUUUAUAAAGAAUGCAACAUCUAUGGAACUGUAGACUUCAUCUUUGGCAACUCGGCUGUUGUUCUUCAAAACUGUAACAUAUUGCCCAGGAGACCGAUGACUGGCCAGCAAAACACGAUUACAGCUCAAGGCAAGUUUGAUCCUAAUCAAAACACUGGUAUUUCCAUUCACAAGUGCACCAUUUGGCCAUAUGGGAACUUAAGCGAUAUUAACACAUAUCUCGGUCGUCCAUGGAAGAACCAUUCAACUACAGCUUAUCUUAACAACAUGAUGGGAAGCUUCAUUCAUCCAAAGGGAUGGUUGCCAUGGGUUGGAACAACAGCUCCCGACACAAUAUUCUAUGCAGAGUUUGCUAAUUAUGGUGCAGGUGCAGCGAUAAAGAAUAGAGUCACCUGGAAAGGACUGAAAUUUAUAACCAGCAAGCAAGCGAGUAAGUUCACUGUCAAACGUUUUAUCGACGGGGACAAAUGGAUUAAAGCUACCGGCGUUCCUUACAAAUCUGGUCUCUGAUUUCUUGAACCUUCUUUUUCCCCAUUCUGAAUUAUAUAUCUUUGUUUCAUCUAUUAUUUACAUUCAUUUUGUAACUGAACUCAAAUAUAGGGGUGACAAUUUAUGACACGACACGACAAAAAUACACGACACGAAACGAAAUUGGACGAAACUGAAAUUUGAAUUUGUGUUCGUGUCGUGUUCGUGUUAACUGUAAAAAACACGAUGUCGUGUCGUGUCGUGUUCGUGUCCAAAAUUCGACACGAUUUAGUGGUUCUUUAUCGUGUUUGUCGUGU